UGCGUCUCUACCGUCAAGCGAAUUGACGGGGCGUGUUUGCUGUGUGAUAAGCGAGUUGUGGUUCUUUUGCUAACAUAAGUCAACAUUUGUGGUGUUACUUUCUGAAAGUAUUGACAUUAUCACAGUGUUUUUCAAGACGUGUAAAAAACGUCCUGUUGUAGUGAAGAUAAUCGGGAAUGACUCUGAGUUCCAGCCAGAGCUCACAGGCGCCGGUUCCAGGCUCACCGUAGUCAAGUUCACUAUGGCCGGGUGCCGACCUUGUGUAAGAAUAGCGCCCGCUUUUAAUAUGCUGAGUAAUAAAUACCCUCAGGCAGUUUUUCUUGAAGUGGAUGUUCAUCAGUGCCAGGCAACUGCUGCUGGAAACAAUAUAUCAGCUACACCUACAUUUUUGUUUUUCCGGAACAAAGUGCGAAUUGAUCAGUAUCAGGGAGCUGAUGCCUCGGGACUAGAGGAGAAGAUAAAACAGCAUCUAGAAAACGACCCAGGAAGCAACGAGGACUCGGAUAUCCCCAAAGGAUAUAUGGAUCUUAUGCCAUUUGUAAACAAAGCUGGAUGUGAAUGCCUUAAUGAAAGCGAUGAUCAUGGGUUUGAAAAUGGAUUACGAAAAGAUCUAACCUUCUUGGAAUCGGAUUGUGAUGAACAGCUGCUAAUUACGAUGGCCUUCAAUCAGCCAGUGAAGCUUUUUUCAAUGAAACUUCACGCCAUUGAUGCUGCUCAAGCCCCAAAGUACGUGAAAAUAUUUAUUAAUCUUCCACGCUCUAUGGACUUUGAUGAUGCUGAGAGAAGUGAACCUACCCAAGCCCUAGACUUAACAGAAGACGACAUUAAGGAAGACAGCCUAAUACCGCUGCGUUAUGUGAAAUUUCAGAAUGUCAACAGUGUAACUCUAUUUAUAAAAUCAAACCAGGGCAAUGAAGAAACAACAAAAGUGAACUAUUUAACUUUUAUUGGCACCCCUGUACAAUCCACAAACAUGAAUGACUUCAAACGGGUUGUAGGUAAAAAAGGAGAAAGCCACUAAACUGAUGAUGAGGAAUCAAGACAUUAUGCUGCAUUUACGUCAAGGACCUCACUUUGCCAAUGCUCUCUGGAUAGCUGAAAUACAGCGGAAACAGACAGUUCUUGUUUCUAAUAAUUUUCAUUUUCAAAGAAUUAAUCACUGCUUCUACUGAGGCAAGACAUUUGAGCAUUUUUAUUGUAAUCUGCUAAAUAUUGUAAAUAAAAUUAAUCCUUUUUCAAAGGCAA